GCUCAUCUGUCACAAGAAAAAUCCUGCCGUGGUGCGCGCCCCGCCGGUUAGGGUUUAGUUAUUCACAAAAAGAACAACUCAAGAGGUGAUAUUGGUAUUGAAUUUAGAAGAACGAACAAAGAGAGAUAGUUUUUCCAAAACUUCUAAAUAUUUAAUUUAACAAAAAAAAAAAUGGUGUGUAAUGUAGGAAUGCAAGGGAUGUGUUGAAAGACGUAGAUUAUUACUCGUGUCGUUGUGGUCUGUUUUUGUGGUUUGUGGCCUUUCUUUAAUUAAUUACCGCGCUGUUUGCUCAUUGACUUCUCAAGAGGUGCUCAGCUGAUGUCAUGAACAAUAAUAACAUUAAGAUGUUAGGAUCUUCUCGUGGGCUACACAAUGACAUUGAGUCAUUAUGGUACUCUCUUAUACCGAGAAAUGUCUCUGCUUUCGACCGUGAUAGUGAAGAAGAGAUAUUCAAGUUGUCGCUUCUCCUUGAGUCAACAAAAAUGCUUGUCACAGAGCUCCAUCAAAAGCGACAGAGUUCGUUAUCACAGUUGAAAACUGUCUCCGAUCAGCUAAAAGUUGCCUCAGAUUUGAGAGAAAAAAGCGAAUCAGAAAAGAGAACACUAUGCAAAGAAUUGGAGGCUCUGAAAUCUGAUUUCCAAAGUUCCGAAGAGAGAGCAAAAAAGUAUCAAAAGGAAAAUGAAAGACUGAAAACAAAAGUAUCAACUGAAGUUGAAGCUCGGCUUCAUAAAAUAUUUAACAAUUGUCUACACCAAAACAAAGCAGCAACUGUUUUUGACAUGAUGACUCAAAUGUGUCAAGAAAACGCAAUCUCUGAAGGAGUUUCAGCUGUUGAAGAAACUUUACCAAAACGACCUUAUGCAGAGCGUGUAGCUCACUUAAAAUCAGCCACCAACAAAAUAAGUGACAUUGGCUCACCUGAUGUUAUUCCUGCAACUCCUCCAAUUUUAGGUCAAAAAAGUCGGCAAAAUUGUCCAAAAUUCAAAAAGUCCAGAGCUCCGUCUUAUGAGUUGGAACCUACAUCAAAAGUAGAAUCAGUUCCAUCAUCUCCAGAUGUGAUAGGAGGCACGCCUCCAACCAAGAAUUUUGAGAAGGAUACUCGGCAAAGACAUGAAAACAAAAAGAAGCAAAUUUUUAACCGCAAAGAAGUCGAAAGUGAUUCUGAACAAGUACCAAUUGAAUUUGUUCAAAAUACUGAAGAUGUUGACGAAAGUCCGACUGUUCCAACAAGACUUGUCUUAAAGGAAAAUGUUAUUGUGCCAGCAACCUUGGAUCCUGAUACUUAUGAGAUAAAAUCAAGUAAAGAUCAUGUUAAGAACUCAUCUCAGAAUGACAAAGAGAAUGAAAAUAUUUCACCUAACUGUAUUGAGGAAAAGGCAGGAAAACUUGCUGAUCUAUCAACAGAUGUUGAAUUUCCAUCCACUCCUAAAAAGUCAUCAAAGCAGGGAGACAGUUCCAAGAGUCCAAUUCUUGGCAGAUCUGGACAUAAAUUUAAAACUAGUUUGCGUCUCAGUUCAGCUUCUGCAGAAACAUCCUCUUGUAAAUCUCCUCGAAGAAACAAGGAGUCAAAGAAAAAAGAUCAAGCUGCUUGGAAUAUAUCUAUGAGCGUAGACUCCAAGUCACUCACAGCCAGCAGAGCAAAAAAUACCUCUAAAAGAAUUGACAAAUCUUUCAUGGAUGACUCCUCUAAAAUCAGUUAUAACAUUGGCCCAGACAAAAAAAUUUCCAAGUCAAGACAGCAAACUCUUCAUGAUGCUUUUUCAAAAGAAAACCACAAUAAAAGCAAGUUAUCUCUUUCCAAAAGAAGAAAGGAUAUUUCAUCUCGCCCUGAAUUUAAGGGGGGGCUACGGACAGUUGCUGAUACCUCCAUGGAUUUUUCACAUUUAACUGAAAAUGAUCAAGUUCAAUUGGCUAUUAAAAAGUCGAUGAGUGAAGUCCCUCUUGAAGAUAGUGAUGCCACUUUAUUUAUACCAAUCAAUAGCCCUACUAAUCUUGAAUGUCAAGUUGUUGGAAAAGAUGAUGCAGUUGAAACAAAGUCCACAUCUGCUAUGAAGGCGGAUGAAACAAGAAAAUCUUCAGAGGGCCAGGCUGCGGAAUUUGCACCACUGUUUUCAAGUACUGCCAAAGAGGAUUUCACUCAAUUCCAACAAUUGAGCCCUUCCACUUCACAAGUAGUGGCAGCUAUAGGCAAGCCACUAUAUUCCAGCACGGAACAGGUUUCUGAUGAAAAUUCUGCUUUAAAGGAAUUAAUUGAAUUGCAAAAAGAGAUGGAAGACGAAAAUGAAGAGGAAGAUAUGGAAGAUGACCAUGCAGCUCCCUUUGCUCUAGGAACCAGCUACGAUCGAUUACCUCAAAAGAAUAAUAGCCCCAAUUAUGCAUACAAAGGUCCUGCUGUGCGUAAGAAGAAGGAUCGAAAAAAUUUGAAAGGAUUUGAUUGCAGCAAUUGUGUAGAGUACUAUGAAGCAGCUUUUGCUGGAGAUGAUGAACGGGCAAAGAAAAUAAUACUAGAUGGCUGUUCUCGUCACAGAGCUAGAGCAAAGGAAGGUCCCCGUUCCCGAACACCUCCAGGUUACUGGGGCCUUGAUUUUCCGUCUACUCAAGUUUUAAGAAAACGCCAGCAAGCCACACCAUCUCCUCCCCCCCGAAAAUGAAUUUUGAUGUACAUUAGUGCCAACUGCCUUCAAAAGUGUGCAGGUUAUUCUGCAUAAAGGCGUUUAACUUCAACAACAGUUGGUUUGUGCCUGUGAUAUUAACAUUACUUUAAUUCUAAUAACUUUCAAAAGUUACUGGAUUUAAUCUAAAAGAGGUUACACAUCUCCAAGAUUUCAGUAGUCUCAGUACUCUUUUUAAAGAGACCCUGUUAUGUCCUUAUUAUUUUGUUUUAUUUCUGUAACGAUUUUAUUUUACUUAUUAUUUUCAUUUAAUGAGGAAAUAAGUUGCUCAUAUUUUCUCCAGUUUAUUACUCAAAGUUUUCUACACCUUGGUUUUACUUCUGUCUUUGAUUUUGUUCAAUUUAGUUUAAGUGUAGUAUGUUCCAUGUAAGUUUUUUGAGUCUCAUUUAAUGUUUUCAUCAGGCAUAGGAAAGCCUUAUAAUUUGUUUCAUUGACUCACAAAUCUUCUGUUCCAAGCCAGUUU